UCAGGUUUGUGAAUGGCUAGUUCCUACUGCGUAUAUGGUAGAAGUUUAUACCUGGUUUCAUGACUGUUUGUUGUGCCUAUGAGGAGACAAUGGAAUGUGGGAAUAAAUAUAAAUCGUAAAACAAAACAAUACCGUACAAAACGUUUUAUUUUGGACUGCAACGCUAAUUCAGGUUUUCAUUCACCGACAUGAUAUUGACGGAAGGGCAUAUAUUGUUAGCCUCUGUAUAUAAGUUUUUUGUGUGGGUGGGGUUUUACAUUUCGUGUUACAUAAUAGUUUGGCGUGCUUUUGUAUGGGCUCACAAGUAACAACUGUAUGCGAUUUGUAAAUAAGAAUUUACAGUCAGGGUGGGUUUUGUCUUCCUUAUACAAUUAGGGUGGUAAGCGUAUUUCACAUUGCUUGUGUGCCCGGAUGCCGAUUAUAUUUAUUGUUGGCUUGUUUUGUUUUUAACUUUAGUAAUUGAUCAUUCUGCGUUAUGAUCAUUUUGUAUAAAUACAGAAUCUUGCACGAGUUGUCAUAUCAUACAAUAUUUUAUUAAACGAGUUCAGGAAUUUUGUGAAUAAGCGAGCCUUUUGCGAGCUUACUAACAAAUUUCCUGGACGAGUUUAAUAAAAUAUGGUAUGAAAUGACAACGCGUGUCAGAUCGUUUUAUCACAUGCUUUUGAAUAAGCAAAUUAAAUAAAUAUAUACGACAACAUACGGAUAAAUCCCGAAUGUUGUUUACAUUUCGUGACGUCAUUUGACGUUGCAACGUCAUUUCAGCAAAAUAACGAAAUGGUCAAUCGAACGAAAACUAGCCAAUGAAAGCGCUUAAAAAGUAUAUUACACAUGUGUACGAUACAAAUAUUCGUAAUUGUUAUAUUACAUGGGAAACAGGGUAUGGCAUGUGAUAAUACAUGAUAUUAAACUGUUAAAUACAAUAUAUAAAAUACUUUAAACAGCAUUAUCACAUAUAAUAAAAUGCGUGAUAAACAAAUUGACAUUGCUCCCCGCCGUAAGAAAUAUAAAACAUUAUUAGCUUACAUUUAUUGCUAUGUACACUGUUUUCAAUUUAAACCGUAUGUUAAAAAAAAUCAGUGUUCGAAGAUUUUGCCAAUGUUUAUUUUUACAUUGUGCAGGGUCGGUGAACUGUCUCGGCUUCGAACUGACGUAUCGGUGGGUGUAUGGUGUCGGGCUGGCGGGUAGGGGGUGUGUCGUGAAAGGUUACACGAGUUUGAAGAAGUACAGGUUGCGUUUAGCAAGAUGUGGAACCUUUCAGUGGAUAUGGAAGCCGCGCCAAGAGAAUCAAGGAUGCAGAACAAGGAAAGCGAUAUUGGUGUCAGAAGAGCGUCGAACAAAAAGCGUUAUCAAAACCUUCAAUCAAUCAUGCAGAUUCCAGAGCAUUUCACAGAAUUGUCUAUUCGGAUGUUUGACACACUUGACGACAGUGGAGCUGGGAAGGAAACUUUAUUGGAGCGGAGGAGAACUUACUUGCGGAGGGAGCAAAUUGAGAAAAUAACAUAUCAAAUAAAAGGACUGAACCGUGAGUGUUUUCAUUUCGGGAGCCAGUCAGAAGGGACCACAACUCCCGGUCUCCAGUCUGAUAUUGAUUUCCUAUACAGUAACCACACAUUCAAUAUCAUGACCAUCUGGGAAGACUGGAAGGCUGGGCUGGAUAACCUUCUGAUGCUCCACGACAACACCACUCCACCUCAACAGUACUUGCUACAAGACAUCCAAGACUACACACCGGAACCAGCGACCAGUCUGACCGAUGACAGGUGCGUUAGGAAAGAUUCUGGGCAAAUACUGUUCAGCGCUGAAAGAUGGAAACAGCACAUCGAGUAUGAGACUAGACAUAUGGGGGAGGCAACUAAAAAUGGGCCUUCUGUGAGCGUGGUGCCUAACUGGGAUAUUGUACAAGCAUGUCAUAUACGCAAACCUCUUCCUGAAAUACAGCACUGGAUAGACAGAUGUAGAGGUAAACACUGGCCACCUGUUCAGCUUCUCGAGGCUGCACGGAUAGCUCCGUGUUUCCUGGUACCAGCAGGACAUCCAGACAGUGAUUACAAGCGUGAAGAAUGGCGACUGUCUCCAAACCUGAUAGAACGAAUGUUGAUGUUUAGCUUCAAUAUGACUCAAAUAAAAUGUUACAUUGUUUUAAAACUAAUCAAAAAAUCAUUAUUUGCUAACAUUGUGGGGGAUGCUAUUACAAGCUUCCAUUGUAAAACUUUAAUGUUUUUCACCAUAGAAAGAACACAUCCUUCUCUGUGGUGCGAUCACAACCUUAUGUUUGUACUUUUGCUCUGUUUACACGUAUUGAGGCAAUGCCUGCGAUUGGGAAGGCUUCCGCAUUAUAUCAUAGAAGGUGUGAACUUGUUCGAUGGGAAACUGUCAAAGUUGCUGCAGACACGCCUUUUAGUGUAUAUAGACUCGUUGAUAAGGAAUAACUUACAAGAUGUUUUUUGUAUUGGUAUAGAUAAUAUAAGUUGUCGGUUACAAGCGUGUAGUAUGCGGCAUACUGUACAGGCUGGAGAACUCAGAGGUGUAUUUUUACAUAACAGCAUCAGAUUACUGCUGAAGUUUGAGUACUUGCAAACAUUGAAACAAUCUCAUACAACCUUUGAGCAUAAAUUAAAAUAUGUAAUAUGCAAUUGUUUUGAAUGUUUUGAAAAAUCAAGGAAUGCCAUGUCAAAAACUGCUGCUCUUGAAUUGAUUAAACACUUUUAUGCGUUACAUAUUUCAGUUCAAUCAUCUUACUAUUUGCGACUACAAAACGUUCUUGACUGCGUAAAUAUAAGGCGUGUCCAAUAUUCCUUAAAUUCGGAUGUAGCUUCUAGUCGCUUAAAGUUUGCUUCUAUGCUAUACUGCAGUGGUCAUCUUCAAGCGGCAGUUCGAGUGUUGGAGGAUGUGGAGAGGAGGUAUCACAGCGAGGUCAAGGCUGUGUGUAUAGUUAGAAGACUAGAGGGAGACAGGGAUCUGAAGGUGUUUGCUAAUAUGUUAGCAGGUAACAAAGAAGAGGAAAUUAGUGAACUGCCAUUUGCAUUCUGUGUCAGAUUUGUAAGGCAAGAAUCGUAUUGCACUCCUGCUAUGUUAUUGUUUGAAAUGAAUCGCAAUAUCACUCAAGAGGAAGUGGCAAAUAGACUUCUUGUUGAAACACUAUGGAUGGACUCUGCUGAGGUGGAUGCCCGUCCGUUUCUAUACUAUAUGCAGUACAUCACGUAUGGAGGACUCGGUGAACGUGACAAACAGCUUCAUGCUAUGGGAGUCCUCGAGGCUUAUAUAGAUACAUGUAUAAGAAAUCAACUCAACCUGUAUCACUUAGAGACAGCACUGAACUUGCUGGGGCAUUGUUACGAAAUGGAAGGAGACUAUGCAGGAGCGUUAGAUUACUACGAGUUGUCGUUGAGUGAUGAGCGUACAAACAACGCCGCUAACUGGCACAUCCUGCGUAUUAUGCGUCUCAUAAGUGGUUAAAAGAACAAUAUAACAUUGUAACGACAUUAAACAAAUAACUAUAAACCUAUGUUAAAUAUAAAAUAUUUGUGACCAGUUAGUUAGUCUCGAUUAUGUAAUUCAAUGAUAUGUACAUGUAUUAUAAACUGUAAGAAGAGGCAAUGUAUUUGUAUGUUUCAAAAUAUUGACAUCGCUACAUUGUACACUCUGAAUUGGCGUGUUGAAUACUCUCUUAUAUCUGUCAAAUACGCACGAUGAUGUGUAAAUUGUUAUAUGCACGUGCUCUUAUAUGUUUUGUUAUGAAUCUUUUGGAUGCACUUUAGAAUCAGAAGUUAUAAUCAACCACUACGACUAUACAUAUAAUUCAUAUAUUUACCACCACGUGGAAUAUAUACGUGUGUCCAGCAAGGUCAAUAAGCCAUUUUACGGUUCAAAUUGUAAUUAAAUUGUUUUACAAAUGAAUAAAAAAAAUGUAAUGCAGGAAUCGUAUUGCACUCCUUUAAUAUUAUUGUUUGAAAUGAAUCGCAAUAUCAUCCAAGAGGAAGUGGCAAAGAGACAUCGUAUUGAAAAACUAUGGAUGAAAUUUGCUGAGGUUGAUGCCCGUUCGUUCCUCUACUAUCUACAGUAUCUCAAAUAUGGAGGACUCGGUGAACGUGACAAUCAGCUACAUGUCUUGGGAGUAUUUGAGUCUUAUAUAUUUGAUUUAAGAAAUAAAAUCAACCUGUAUCACCCCGACACUGCUAUGAAAUGGAAGGAGACUAUGAAGGGGCGUUACAUUACUAUGAGCAAUCGUUGCUUCAGCGCGGUACAAACAAUGCCGCUAAGUGGCACGUCCGGCGUAUUUUGCGUCUUAUCAACGGUUAAAAAUACGAGAUAGAAAGUUCACUUUGCAUAUGAAUGGCAGUAAACAUAUUCAGGGUCUUAUUUGAAUAUAUAUAUAUUUUAAAGUAUAUAUUAAUUUUAUGUGUAAAACAAGUAUGAAAAGAAAUGAAUGUAUUUCAAAGAAUCGUUAUGGCAAUGUAUUAUAGAUCAAUAAAUACUACAUAUCCAGUAAUUGUACAGAUAUACGUUCUUUUCAAUAUCCUAACCUAUUUCGAAAUAAUGUAUGUUUUAAAUAGUUUUCUUCGCAUCAUAAUUAUUUUAAUUUAUAUGAGUGUGUUUAGACAACAUUUUACUACGCUCUUACAAGUAUCUAUACUAACAACAUUAGGGAUAUUAAACUAUAAGUGUUAUUUAUGGAUACAUAACAGUUAAAUAAAUUCAGUGUAAAGUAAUUAUUGAACUUGUACUUAGGACAAUAUUUGGCAUUCGAUUUUAAUGAAUCUUUAAAUCCCACCCUGUAUUCUUUCGCUGCACAAUGCAUCAAAUAUGACGGUAAAACUUGAUAUUUGUUUGGUAUUGUAGUUAUAUAUGUAUGUACAUAUCGUUGGUUAACUGUCACAUUCUAUAACUUAUAUCUACAUGUCCACGUUGUACUUUGGACAUUUGUCACUAAUAUAUUUGAAGUUGAUGGAUUUAUCCUUAAUUUCCAUAGGGCUACUGCAUAUAUUGCUUCAGUUUCUUUAUAUUGUUUGUGUAAACAUCGUAUAAUUAUUGUUGCUAUGCUUUUAGAUGCCGACAAAACGGUAUAACAGAAUAAAUAUGCUUAAAAUAAAAUU